AUGACUGAAAUAGUAGAAUUAAGUAAUAUUGAACCUAAAGAUCAAAAACAAGCAAUUAUUGGAGGAACAUGGAAUAGAUAUGGAAAUUCAAUUGAAAUAGUUGCUGGUAUUUCUGAUGAAAAUAAUACUCUAUUAGAUAAUUUAACUAAUUGUUGUGAAUCAUUUGUUUUAGAUAAAUUAUGGCAUUUAAAUCGUAGUAUGUAUAAUAAGUUAGAUACUAUUGAAGAGAAAAUCAAGAAUUUUAAAACAUAUGCCAAGUAUCCUAGUUUAGCAUUAAACUUAUUAUGUAAAGAAAAUUAUAAUGGCAAAGUAAAACCAUACAGGAAACACAUUGAUCCAAAUAAUAAUGGAAUGGAUGUUUUAAUGUUUUUUGGAAAAACAUUUGAAGGAGGAAACCUAAUUGUUUCGUAUCACUACACAAAUAUUGACUUUAGAAUGUUCACACUGCCUAUCCAAUCAGGAGAUUUGGUUUUUUUGAAUUCACGUAUAUAUCAUCACAAAGUAACGAAAGUUACUAGUGGAGUUAGAUGUGGUUUAGUAUUUUUUGCAGGAUUGGAUCAUUUUUCUGUAAGAAAAGCUAAUUAUAAAAAAGUUAAAAAAGAAGAAUAUCAGAAAAAUAUGGAUGAUAAAUUGUUGGCUUUACCAUUUCAACAAAAAGAUAAAGAUUUAAGAAUAGAACGUACAAAAACUGGCAGGAAAGAGAUUAAACAAUUUCACAAAAAUUUACAAAACAACUUACCAAACAAAAAGAGAAAAAAAUAA